UGAACUGAUUUUAAGCUGCAAGAAAUACCUCUAAAAGUCCGAUUACCCCUGUUAAAAAAAUUCCGAAUUUAUCCAGAAUUCGGGGUAAAUAGGCCUCUAAAGUUGCGCCAACUUGGCAGAACAGUCAUAAUGCUUGAUCUUAGCAUAUUGUGCAAGAUCAGUGAGUAUCAAAGGAUGCGUUUGAUUUUUAGUGAUGCCUAAUUCAAACUGAAGGACCAGCCUUAAUAUGGGAUAUUAAGCAUAAUUGUGAGAAGAACAUAUGAUGAAAAGUACAUUAAAUAAUCCGACUCAGAUUGGAAGCAGUAUGACUGACUGCAGCAUCACCGCCAGUGUCGUCAAUUGUUGUCAAAAGUUAAGGCAGAGUUCUGCGUUAUAUUGCGAUUUACAGAGGUUCGUGACGAAAAAUGUUAAAAACUCAGGUGCGCGAGGUGCAUCUGUGCAUCUUAACGACGCUCAAAAUGAAUGCGGUUAACUGAUUUAUACACUUGUAUGAAAGUUCAGGUUGAUAAUAGACAAGUUCAGCCUUUGAUGUUGACCUGUUACUUCCAAUGUGUCGUUGCCACCUGAGUGGAUGUAAGAACGACACUUUGGAAUGUCUUAACAGUGGGGAGCCCAUUUCCAUCCCACAAGGUACUUUGUAAUGUAGCCCUAAUUAUUGGCCUCUAUAAGGUACAGUAUAUCAUGGGUGUUUUGUUUUCCGCUCGAAUGUCUUUCAUCAGCACUUCCAAAAGGUUUUCAUGUGGUUUCCGCCGUGUGACACAAUGCAGCUCAGUGUUAUUCAUGCCGUACGUCUGCAGGUGAGGGCUGACAGGGAAAGGCAAGUAAGCAGUGGCUGUCAGCAGCCCCCCACAAGCGUCAGCCAUGGAGGAGCAAUAGACACGCAUUAAUGAUCUGGGGGAAGUGUGGAAAAUUGGUCAGGUCUGUUGUAUAUGUAUCUAGAAAAAUAAAGAUGACAGGCAUAUAAAGAGAGGUGCUUGUAAAGAGGUGGAACUAAUGGAAUUCAGGUAAAACUAUAGCGGCUUUGUUUGCAGUGCGAAAGAACGCACGAUAAUAAUUCACUUAUUAGGUCAUGGAAGGCCCGUGCAAUCUUUAAAUUAAAGCAUGAGGAAUCAAUAAGGUGCAUCCCCAUCUGAGCUGGAUACCCCGGGUGGAAAUAGGAUCACAGGAAAAAGGGGGAGGGAAUAUGAACAGCAUCCAAGGACAAAUCUAAGUGUUGGCAGGCUCUCUUAGUGGAAUAUCAGCGCUGGAUCACCUUUUGGUUGAGGGCGGGAGGGAAGAGGCAGAAGGGGUGAGGUAGCGCUGGGAUGAAGCAAACGAACACAGGUCGGUGGGAGUGAGGUGAGGAGGAGGAAGAGGAGACAGUUGGGGAGCAUCAGAGGUGUUUUUGCUGACAGCCAUUUUGUGGCGUCGGCUGCUGUAAAAUGUUCUGCCAGAAUGUAGGCCUCAGCUGAUGUCAUGUUUCAUGUUUUCCUCUUCGGACCACAAACUAGUUGAGACUGAAUCAACAGUGCAAGAUGCAAUUAAUCCACAAUCAAUUCCCAGUUAAUCAAUUAAUUGAUGUAUUAUGCCCAUCGACGCUUUUUACUGUCAUAUACAUGCAUUGCAUUGAUUUCCUUCGACAUUUAAUCAUGGGAGUGAACCCAGCAAGUACACACUGUGAAGCAGUGUUAACUUUUCCAGCACCCAGGGGUGCAAUUAGGGGUCCUGAUCAGGGCGAAUCUGCUGCAAGUGCUUGGUUUUUAAAGAGGUGGAGGGAUAGCGUGCUGAUAAGUGAAGGACUCUCUGCCUCAAUGACUUUCUGAUACCCAGUCCGGGGAAUCAAACUGGCAACCCUUUAGUCACAGCCUGCAUUCUUAAAGUCCUUGUAUUGUAUUGUGACUGUUAACUUUUGUUCGGAGGAAGAGAAAAUCUGAAAAUAAAAAAUGCGCAAUUAAGAAUUUAUUUGAGCAUAUAGAGCACAAAUGUAAAAACAUGACAUUCUGUAGAAACAGUGAAAAAGUAAAGUGCAUGUAAACUUAAAUAAUCAUUCUUUCCUCCUGGAAAUUGUGAUGAAAAUAAAAAAUGAUGCCUGGCAAAGCCUACAGAAGACCAUCUUUAGUCUUUCCUGUGUUCCAUAUUUACAGGGCAAUUCAAAAUCACCCCGAAUGUCAAAUGUAAAAGUUGAAGGCGCUGGCUUCAUUCCGCUGCCUGCUUUGGUUGCCAUGUUAUUGUUUUUCUUUUUUUCUUUUUUUAUCGGCUUGGAAUCAUGCAAAGUACCCACCACUGGCCAGGAGGCGAAUCAAUUCAGAGGAUUUGCUGAAUCGAUAUUGAAUUGGGGAGGGGAGUAUUGCGAUGCCUUGCUUAAUCGAUAUUUUCUGUUACUUGUAUUAUAUUAAGCUAUAAUGGCAUCCUUGUAUGUCAUGCUCAUUUUAGUCUCUUUAGUUGACAACUAUGGUGAGUGAUUCACCAAUCGGUUGGAAAGAAUUUUCUUAAAUGCUUCCUGGUUGUUGUUAAAGGUUGUCAAGUCGUCUAAGUGGCACAUUCUCUUUGAAAAGUAUGUAUGUGGACCCAUUUUGUUGUUUGGUUUCAUGAAUGAAUUAUGAGUCCCACUGAAAAGUCAGAAUGCAAAGGCUAAAGCAAUACAAAUUUGUUUUACGGCCUUUCAGAAUAAUCCAUCCAUUUUUUAUAUCCAUUGCCCUCGUUAGGCUCCCGGCUGACUUUGAACGGGAGGCGGGGCAUGCCCUGCACUGGUCGCCGGCCAAUCGCAGGGCAUGUCUUAAUUAUACAUCAUUCAUAAUUAUCCUUCCAUGCAUUGGUGCUGAGGAUAAAAUGUUUUUAUUCGUGAUUUCCCAAUUAUUUUAAGUUCAUAUGAGGAUAAAAAAAGGGAUGACUUUGAUGCACGCAAGGUGAGCAUCUAGCUCUUCUCUGAAAUCACAUUUUUCCAGUAUAGAAAAUGAUACAUGCCACAGAUAUGGAAAGAUGGUGCCAUCCUAUUUUGAUUGUUCCCCGAAAGAUCGCUGCACCCUUCUAAGAAACAUUGCUUUACGUGAUUGGAUUGGAAUGAAAGCGUUAGAGCUAAAUGAAAAAUGAAAAUGGCAGACUUGCACUGUUCAUGAUCCCUCUGAAAUGGUCGAAGCUCUGCUCAUCAAAGGAAAAAAAAAAAAAAAAAACACAAUCACCUAGUACAACCAUACACAGGUGUGUGUGUGUGUGUGUGUGUGUGUUUGUGCAUGUGGUUGUGAGAGAGUGAGUGAGCUAUUUGUGAGUCCACCUCAAGCGGCGGGCUGCUGGGUAUGCAGCCUUAAAAGGUUGUGUUUCUGUUGCCAUCUCUUGCUCGCCAUCUCUCUCGCUCUCUCUCUCGCAGUUUUCUCCUGCACACACACACAUACACACACACACACACACACACACACACACACACACACACACACACACACACACGCGCACAUUUUGCUUGCGCGUUUACACCAUUCACCGCCUCAGCUCUGCCCAUCUGCAUUUCAUCAUCGCUGUUUUAUCACAAUGGUCUCCAGAGCGAGAAGGAGAGCUAAAUGAUGUGUCCCAUUCGCAGCCUUUCACAUCCAGCUCGCUGAGUGACCUUCUGCUUUCUGAGAGAGAAGCUGGUGGAGUGCUGGCAGUUUGGAGAACAUAAUAAAGCUAUUUAUGCAGCGAGUCUGGCCUCUCACAAUCCCUCUGCUGUCUCAGGCAAGCCGAGGUGCAAAUGCAUAUGUGGAAGUGAGUGUUUGUGUGUAGGAGAGAGAGCAACAGAGAGGAGACAGCGUGGCUUGGAGUAGGUGAGGGAGGCCCGUGGUGGGGUCAGUCUUACAUAAACUGUGCAUGCCUGCCAGUAACAGAGAACUAACACAGUUUAGGGCCGCCGCAUGGGGGAGGAGGGACAGACAUGACCCAGCUGAGUAGUUUACGCAGUUAUGACCCAGAAUAAAGAUUGUCACCAUUCAUGUCGACAUUUUGUUGUCACACUGCAGUAGUAGUAAUGGGUCGAUUCGUCUUUGAUGCCUGUGGAUGGAUGUGUCUCUGUGUGGGAUGUGGUGGCUGGCAGCUGUCUCUUUUUCCUGUCAUUGUGCUCAGUCACAUGACGGGCAGGGUAGCUUUCACUCAUGCCAUGAGGGCGAGUCACCCAACAGACAUAAGGGACACGGAGGCUCUUGAGGCACAAACAGGGUCAUGCGGGUUUGAGUCCACUAUGUGUUGACUUUUGGAGACUUUACAUGGACCAAACAUGGUUGCGAAUGGUCUUACGCCAAUUAAUAUUAUGGCAAAUUGGCCCUUUGAUGUUUCCAUGCAAAUAGUUGGGUCUCCGGAGUGUAUGAGUAGCAUUGAGUUUUCUGGGCUUCACGACACGUUAAUGAACAUUUACUUGAUUAAGCACAUGAACUUGUUGGCUAGAAAAGGGGCAGGGGGGUGUUUGUGUUUGGUGAUGUAUUGAGCUUAACGAUACGGCCUAAAAUUCAUCCCGCAUCAAAUGAAUCCCUUCACGGUAACAGCAUAUAUCGCAAUAUAAACAUACAGGAAGUGUAACAUUUCUAAAUAGGUUAUAUAGACUGCUACAAGAUAAAUAGACUUUUUGAAAAAGAAAAACAACAAAAAUAAAAAAAUAGCAUUUUGAGAACAUUUAUUGUACAGAUGUCAAAGCUUAAAAUUAAAACUCAGAACUCUAUGAUGCAAAAUAGGGCAAACGAACACAUAACAUUACAUAUAUGUACGAUACAUUUGUAAAAUACAAUACAUUAAUAUACUUUUUACUUCAUAGGCUGCUCCUGGCUGAUGUAUGUGGUAACGUACUGAUUCAUUUCCAGGUUUUGAACGUGUGUGCUUGAUGUGUAGCUGUUGUGUUGUUUUCUCUCUCGACACUUAUUAAUUUACCUGCUAAUUUGCUGUUCAUAGUUGAUUACGCUCUGCUGUCACACGGUUCAAAGCAGACUCCUGUUAAAAGUGCACUACACCACUUCAGCGCUUUGUCUGGUGUUUCGCUACUCAACAUUAUACACAUUAGCGUAGCAGUUAGCAUGGCUUGCCCAUCUUCUUGCUCAGUGUGUCACGUGAUGAGUUUAUUUCUCGUCCUUCUUUAGUGAUAACAAUACUUGUCAGAAGUGUAGUUUAUUCGCCGCCAUUGAGGUGAGGGUUAGUGACUUAGAUGAGUGGCUUUGCACGGUAGAAGGAAACUGUUUAGCCAGCCGCCCCUUGAAGCUGGUGCAGAGCAAGUUAGCUUAGCGCCUCCUAGCAUUCCCCGAGUAGUUCCCAAGCAACCCUGGAAAGCAGGGAGGAUGGGUGACUGUUGGACGCACCUUUACGGCUGGCAGCUCCUCCAGCUCCGUUGUCACAUGUACUUGAAGGCAUUUUUACACUGAGGCCGAUACAAUGAUGCCAUCAACAAGCGUUACCGCGACUGGUCGACAGAGUCUAAAUCUAUACCGUAGGUCAAAUUUAUAUGCAUAUGCAUGAGACAGAGCUGCCAAUUUCACCAUAGCAAGAAAAACUGUCAAACUACAUCUCUAAUUCUUCGUCCACAAGCUAUUUUAACAAAAGCAUGAGACAGACAUCCGGACAACUCUUGUAACUUUGGGAAAAAAAUGCAUAAUACAUCUCCUAUAACUCUUUUGUGUAUGAUUUGUUAACAACCGGUUUUUCCGAGUGUCACCUCUUGCCUGUUUUACUCACUCCAUUUCAGAGAAUGUGUUGAGUUUUAUAACAAGUUUUUGAUAUCAUAACAGGGUAUCAAAAUGUUAUUGCGGCGCCUUGACACAUUACGUGGAAAAGUUUGGGCAAGGCCCUUUUCAAGCAAGGUCCAUAAAGGAACCAUUUAAGGUUUAAUAUAGAGAAACUUGAGAGCCUAGAGCCCUGACCUCAACCCUCAAACGCCUUUGAGAAAGCGUGACAGGCCUUCUCUCAGGGCCAACUUCAGUGACCUCUGACCUCACACGUGUUUUUUUUUCUGGGUGACUGAACACACUCCAAAAGAAGAAUGCAAGCAUUAUAGCUUCUAGCAACUCCAUAUUUUCCUGUAGGUGUACUGGCCAGGUCCCAAUCACUGACUGGUCAUGUUUUAAAGUUGACGUUUAACGUAGUGUAUUUAACUGAUGGAUACAACCCUGGUCAUGGUAGGGCCAUACACACAGCAGGGCUCCUCUCCCAUGUGGAGGAGGUGUUGGCAUCUGAGAUUACAGAAGGUCCAAAAAAGCAGCACAAAUCCAACUGCAACGACAAACAAAAUACGUUCGGCUGUGACACUGCAUUGCACUCAAUAUCAACAACAAACUAGCUAGCUACCAGGAAGACGGGAAAUCAAUCAUGAAAUGUAUUAUUCCAUGUGUAAAGUAAAUGGAUGUCAGUAGUGUUAGAGUUCAGAAGGUUAAACAUGCAAAACUGCCGCAAGGGUUCUUUACAGCUUCUUAACACCACACAGGGGUGUUCUCAACCUUUGCAAAUAAUGUUUUAUACAUCACAAAAUAUAAUGCCUCAACAGUCUUUUUUUCCAGAUGUAGUACAAAAUAUCCACUAAAUACUCUGCCUGUGCAUUACACACAGUUUGUGUGUGGUCUUGUUGGAGUACUGCAGUGGAUUAUGAGUAUUCAAUCCCACUGUAAGCAUGUGAUGUGAGGCCUGUAAGGUAUUACAAUGGAGAUCAGCUGUUACUACAGUAGCUUGCGCUGGUACAGAGAGAACAGACCCGGAAGGAGCUGGUAAUCAUUCCAUCUAACAUUUUAGCUCUCAGCUCAUUGAAAAUGUAUCUGUGCUAUACGGACAAACGUUUUUGGACGCACCUUUCCCUCAAUUUAUUCAUCAAUUAAGUUCCUCCUGAGUCUCUUUACUCUUCAUCGUACCAAGACAUUUUGAGCAUUAUGCUUACAUUUUGUUUGUGGUAGCAGUUCGUCCAUAUGUUGUAGUGAACAAAGAAAGGUUCAUACGUGAAUUGGUGUGGAAGAACAACUAUGAGAUGAUUUACAAUGAAGAUUUUGAGCCAUUCCCUCUGAUCCAACAUCAGUGACCUCUCAUAAAUGCUAUUAAUGGAUGAAUGGUUAAAAAUCCUCCAGACACCAAUAUCAAGAAGAAAGUCAUCCUAGACAAGCAAGUGGGUGCUGUUGUUGUGCUUGAAAAGGGGGACCAACAUUUAGAAAAACUGUCUAAUUCAUUCAAUAUGGGAAAAUUACAUCUGUCAAAAUAUUAAUAGUCAAUGUGUAACACAUCACUCUAUGGGAUUCCCCAAAGCAAGAGAAAUGUAGUCCAGUGUUUAUUUGGGUUCCUCUCUUCAAAAAAACAAAAAAAACAAAUGCACACAUGCACACUAAGCUAGAGGAAGUAAGCCCUGUUACCUCAGCAAAAUGGCUUCCACAACCUUUCUCUAUUAAGUUUAUUCUGUGUAUUUUUUUUGUAGAAGUGUGCAGGGAUUUUCUUUGCAUGCAAGUGUGUAGAUAUGCCACUGCAUGGGUAAAAAAGUUCAGACUGUGUUUUUUUUCCAGACCAGCUCGUAAACCACAUCUGGGGAAAGAAUUUAGAUUCCUUCCCUCCGUCUUUCUGUGUUGCCUUCCCAUUCCCCCUGUGUAAUUCCCUCCCUCCUCGCCUGCUCUGGUGAAAGGAAGAAAAAAACAGAAGUCAGCUUCUUUCAUUUUUCCUCCUUUGUGUCCUCAGGGUAACUUCAGCCUGGUUUUGGAGCAGAGAAGAGGAAUGUCUUAUUUUGCACUGAUCACUAGUGUCUGCAUAGCUUUGCUUCACAUAUGCGGGAAGGCUCAAAUGAGGGAAGGAGCGAGGGAGGGAAGAUUAGCAAGAAGCGAUGAAAGACGAAAGCAGGGGGCAGAGGAUGUCAAGUGAGGCAAAAAGUUUGUUUUUCCAAGGGAGAAAAUGUAAAUUAGAGCAUUUCAGCAUGCCUGUACAGCUCUGUGAUUGUCCCUGGCUUCCCAGCGUGUCAGUGGGCCCACCAAACCAACCCCAGUAGCUGACUGACAACCACCCAGAAGGCCGACAGACUUCAAUUUUAUUUAAUCCGAUUGGCUGGCUGCCACAACUUCCCCCAUCCUGACUGGCUCUGGCGGGAGAGUGGAUGGAGCCAAGCGAUCUGGUUGGCUCGGCCCGACCCAAAGAGGCGGACUUACUGGGAGGCGGGGCGGCGCGAAAUGAAGGAGCGGGAGGUAUCGGCUCGGCACGUAGUGACGAUGUGAUUCCCGGUGGCGUCAGUGAAGGGGAGGGGCUUGAAGAACAGGGGGAGGGGCUUCUGGAAGAGCAGGAGUUCUCCAUCAAGGAAGCGAGUUUCCAGGAAGGAAGUCUAAAGCUGAAGAUCCAGACCACCAAGCGUACCAAGAAGCCCCCCAAGAGCCUUGAGAACUAUAUUUGUCCACCAGAGAUCAGGAUGACCAUCAGACCUCCCGCUGGAGGAGGCAAAGGGGGGCGUCAGGGCCGAACUGGAGGCGGGGCCAUAUCAGGGCGGGGUCAAAAGGAUGAGGAAAGAGGACCGCCCAGAAAAAGGACAUACGAGCGGCAGUUCAGAAUGCCCGAGCAGAGAGAAGGAGGCCUGUUGCAACUAUUGGGGGAUCCCUCUCCACCCAAACACCAGCUUCGCAACACUCUUCUUCCUGCAGCCGCUCCCUCCCCUGUACAACCGAUACAGCACACCCCCACGCAACAAUUCCAACACGUUCAGCAGCACCAAGUCAGCCCAGACUGGAUCACGUUCAGAGCACCUUCGGUUUCUCCAGCCAAUCCGACAGAUUCCGAGCCAGCUGUAGAAUUAAUGGGAGCCAGUAGGAGUGCAAAUGGUCUAACGGAUUCUAAUGCAGCUUUCCCGCCAACUGUGACUCAAAGCCACUCACCUCAGAGAUCUUUGACACCAGACCUUCAGUUGCCAGUUGUUACAGAUGCCAGUAUUCUCAACCUUACCUCUCUGAGCAGGGGGAAAGGUUUGCAGGAAGUUAAUGAGCAGCUUUUUGGGAACAUCAAGAGAAAGUAUGGCAGGAAGGAAUCCCAGAAGAUACUCUCUAAUCCUCACAGUGCUGACACGCUGUGGGGAAGACAGUCUGAAAUAGAAAUAGGAAGCCCAUCAAAUUCAGAGGACAGGCAGCGGUACAGACAAGAGACGACUGAGCAAUUUCAAGAAGAAAGAGAGGAAAGAAGGAAGGAUGAAAGAGAGCGAAUAAUUACCGGAAGGAAAGGGGAAGAAGAGGACAGAGGGAUACCCAUGCUGACAGAGGAAGGAAAAGGAAGAAAAAGGCGGAGAAAGCCUUCUUUGCAUGAAUCCUUUUCUGUUGUGGAACAAUCCCUCCAACGACAGGACUCUAACACAACAGAGAAGUAUCAGCAUAAGCCUACAGAUCCCAAAGUAGCUCAUAAGAUGGAGAGUCACAAAAAUGAUUCCAGGCUGACAAGUCAGAGUGAUAUCAGUGGAGAGAAGUCAGAGAAAACUGAAAGAUCGGAUAAAAGUGACAAAAGAGAGAAGGUAGAAAGGGUAGACAGGGCAGAAAAAGAUGAAUCAGUCAGGAGUUGCACUGAUCCAGAAUCAACUUUUAGCAUGAACAGAAUGAAAAAGAACCCAGUGGGCCGUCCCAAGAACAGCAUCGAUGCACAUAAACACAGAGAUCUUGCCCUAAACAUCAGCAAACCAAACUUCUCCACAAGUCCCCGACUCCCUAUCCCAAACCCCAGCCCCAGCCCCAAGGGAAGUAUCAGUCCUAGCCUAAGCCCUAAAGCCAGGCCGAACUUUAGCCCCAGCCCCAGACCAAGGGCAACCCUGAGUCCGAGUCCAAGCCACAGCACCAUCUCUACAGUCAGCUCCAGAUCAAGUAAGGCUAAGGACAGAUGGUCAUACCUGAAAGCAAAAAGUCACACCAGCAUCACCUCACCCCAGAGAGAUAUCUGCAGUAGUCCAUCAAUGGUAGUUGAUCCACCGUCAGCCUUUCCUAUAACUCCUUCAAGUCCACUCUAUACAAACACAGACAGCCUGACCGUCCACAUGCCCGUCAAAAGAAAACGAGGACGCCCCAAGAAACAGCCCCUUCUAACUGUAGAAACCAUCCAUGAGGGGACAUCCACCUCACCACCAAGCCCCCUAGCGCAAGAAACCUCUGCCGGGCUAAACCGCAGGAGGAAGGCUAAUUCCCUAAACGCAACAAUGAAUACAACAUUAGUCCAAAUGGUGUCAACAAAUACCAGUUCCAAUUCCAAUGGUCUGAAAGUCAAACGUGGCAGAAGCAAUUCAAAGCCAGUAAAUAAGGUAAAGCUUGGGAAGAUGCAAAGCAUCCUGAAUGAAAUCCUGUCAACCUCGAGUAAGAACAGCACUAUGAAGUCUCCUUCCGCACCUGUUACCUCCGCUAUGAAUGCCAUGGCAUCCACCAUUGAGGCUCGGCUGGGAAAACAGAUAAAUGUCAGCAAGAGAGGAACUAUCUACAUUGGUAAAAAGAGAGGCCGUAAACCCCGAGCUGAAACGCAAGGCGCUAACCUUCCGAAAAGUGUAAAGGACAAGCCCUCCAUGACUCUCUCUACGUCCAGUCUCUACGAGAGCUCUGUCAUGACCGCCACCACUUCUUCUCCCAACUCCAGUGCUCCACAAAUGAGAGUCAGCCACUCUGAUGCCACUAUGCCUAGUCUGCAACCCAUCUCAGCCCUGCCUCCCAAACCUCUAGCUAGAGGAUUCCUCUCUGGGGGAUGGAAACUGUCACCUCCACGUCUUCUAGCUAAUUCCCCCUCCCAGCUUUCAGAAGGUGCAUCAGUGAAGGAGGUCACCUUGUCUCCCAUCAGUGAGUCCCACAGCGAGGAGACGAUUCCCAGUGACAGCGGGAUCGGGACCGACAACAACAGCACUUCGGAUCAAACCGAGAAAGGCCCUGCGUCUCGGCGCAGGUAUUCUUUUGAUCUGUGCGGAUUUGAGGCUGCGGAGGCUGCUGCUCUGGAAGCAUCCGCCAGAGGCAACAGAGCUCGAAGUGAACGACAGGCUACUGUGGACAACUUCCUUUGUCAGCAGGAGAAGAAGCAAAAACAUAAUCGACGUAAGAGGAAGUGUCUUCAGAGCCGGGAUCAUCUUCACUUUCUUUCUGAACUCGAGGAGGUUGUGUCCAAGCUCCAGCAGCUACGAGUGUCUCACAGAAGAUAUACCUGUUACCCUCAGAAUCCCUAUCCCUCUAUUUUCCGCCUCAACUUCCAUCAUUAUUACCCGGUCACCUACGACACCUACCCUUGCGACUCCGGUCCGUAUAUCCGUAGGAGUGCUGAUCUGAAGGCCAAGAGGAGACGCGGUCGUCCGGCCAAAGCCAGUGAGCCGAUCACUUCGAAAAUACCCUUUGUUCAAGGAUAUGGCUAUCCACUGGCGGGGGGGAAUUACUAUGCAGCACCGUAUGCUCUGCCUUACACACCCCAUCUAAGCCUAGGCUAUUUUCCCCCAGCACCUCCGUUCUACCUGCCUCACCACUCCCUUGGUCAUGUUCCCCCAUCACCCUUUAUGAGACCUGCUGUCCCCCCGCCCAAGGCCUUUCACUCCACUGGACACUCAAAGCUCCAGCCAGGGGUCAAGCAUCGCAGCAGCAGUGGCCAACUGCAGGGGCCGUCUGCAAGAGGGGAGGGAUUAGGAUCCAUCGGCAGUAGUAGUGCAGGUGGUCUCGGAGGUGUUCGCCUCCAUAAGAGAAAGCACAAGCACAAACAUAAGCACAAAGAUGAACCCCUACUUUCUCCACGAGACCGGCAAGAGUUGGGCGGGCUCUUCAGUGGAGCCAAGGCCAAUUCACAUCGCAACAUGCUUAGUGACAUAUCCAGUCAAGGCCCUUCAAAGCAUCAGGAGAAGAGGCCCAACGGCAGAGGCUCAAGCCUGGGAUCCACUUUAGGGAUGUUCGAGCCGGAAAAGCUGUCCUCGCCCUCUCUUUCUGACGGCCGCUUCCACUUGCGUCAGACUGGACAGCCGAUGAACAGCUUCAUGAGCAGCUACAGUAACCAAUCACAGCAACAAGAAUCAGCUUCCUUCCUCUUCUUGGGGUCACAGGAGAAUGAGUGCGGGUCAAGGAGCAGGAAGAUGAGGCCGACUGUGUUUGGAGAUCAAGGCCUGAUGUCACUACAAAGUGCCAGGCAGGAGCCAGUACAAAUGAACGAGCGCUCCAGUCCCCCCCUCUCUGGUGCUCCCGGUAAGCGUCGGUAUAAGCGCAGAGAGGUGGAACAGAUCCAGAAGGAGGUGAGAAGGAUGCAUUCCUUGAACUUCGAACAUGUGCAGAAGAUCCUCCGUGCCAAGCGCCUCCAGCGACAAGCCAAAACAGGAAACAACAUCAUCAAGAGACGACCCGGACGGCCCCGAAAACAACCCCUGGAUGAUGAAUCGGUUCCGGCCGGCAGGAGGGAGGGGAGCCGGGCCGACAGUCGCGGGUUGGACGUGUUGGCCAGUAAAAGAGCCGACGGAAGGACUCAGGGGAUGCCUGUUCUGGAGAGGUGUGACGAACCACCGGGAAGACAGAGCCUCAGGCCCACUUUGACCCCAGAACCUCUGGAGUUUUCCGACCACGAUUCCAUCUCGGCAACCAUCGAGAAGGUGGUUCACAAAGCCCGCUCUGUGCCUCUGCCGGCCAAAGGGGGCAAACGCAGGGGCAGGGCCAACAGCAAGGAUAACUUGUGGGCCCCCUCCAAUCAAUAGACCUGCAACUCUGUAAAUGAACAGGAGCGUUGAAAGGAGCCAGCGAUGUUUCGACCUUCUCACAUCCGGUGACUUCUUGGUGCACUUUGAUUUAGGAGAAUGACACAGCUCAGAACACUUCCAGUGCCAAGCCUUUGAAGGAUUCCUCGGACCUGCAUUUAAUAUGGCACUAUCUGCUUUCGUUUGAUACUGAAUCCGAUGCUAUAUAAUUGUGUGGUACUAAUGAUAGCGUAGGAUAUUAUGUGAUUCUUUAUGUAUCUGAUACAGUGAUGUGUAUGGUACUUGAUGAUACUGUAUCAGAAUGUGGCGUGAGCCAUAUAUUUUACCAGCAAGGGGAAGGGAGGGAGGGAAAGAUGGGGGUUAAGAUUCAUAUAAAACUAAAACUGUGCAGCUCAGCUUCUUUUCUGCCUUUCUGAGGGAGCCUGUCAAAGAGAAUACAGCAGUUAUUUAGCCACCUUACUCUUGUACUUCUCCUAGUGUUUGCGCUUACUGUAUGUCGUGUCUGUUAUCUUAGCGUCUUGGUAGGGAUUGUUUUGGGUUUUCUUUUUUUUUUUUUUUUUUUUGGUCCACCCCUGCAGCUUAAUCCCAUUUCCCUUACCCCCCGUCACCUUCUCCCAAUCCAGAAGUUUAUUACUAACCCCCCAUCCCCGGUUCACACUUAUCCUGGACGCUGACUUAAAGGUAAUAUGGUAGAUGAGACCGUCCUAGACUGUACAUAGACACAACUUUCACUCUCGCUUGCCUUGUUCAACAGGAAACCAGCUCACAGACAAGUACUGGAAUUCAGUAUAUCCAAUUUAAUUGUUGUACUAUGAACAAUGAACGUUGCAUAUUGUUUCAAUAACCAAAACCAGACAUGGAUGCGACUCAAGACACGUUUGUUUUCAGAUAGAAACCACGUAUUCAGUCAUACACUCAUAAUUGUGUUUAUAUCUUGGGUGGGGGGGGGCGGGGGGGCGUUGUAUACAGUGGGAAUAUCAGGUGUGUUUGUGUUUUUUGUUGUUGUAAACCUGAAAAGUUGGUUUAAUGCACUAUGAAAAACUGUACACUUGCAUCAAUCAAAUGCAGCACUUAAAUGCUUGUUCCAGCCUUAUGGUUUUUGGCCUUGGAUGGUGUGUCUAUCCAUUCCAGAGAGCAUGCAUUACUUUUAAUCAAUUUGUAUAUGCAGGCUGCGCAGCCAAAAGCGUCAAACCGAAGCCCGGCUAUGAAUUGAAUGGAGAGGGCUCACUCCAAUACUGUAUAGUGUUCGGAAAAGCUUAACCCACUCUUUAUACUUUCAUUUGAAAAAUAUUUUUGGGGACCUCAAAAAUCCAGUAUUUUGAAACCAAAGUCUCAGUAUUAAUUGUGAGGAUGUAUUAUUUAACAGAAUUUGAAUCAGCGUCUUCAUUGCGUUGGCACCAAUGUAAAUCACCCCUUUGUGCACUCUAGAAUGUAGCCAGGAUUGUUUUAAUGUCAAUGUGUACUGACUGUGUCCUUUUAGCAAUCUCUUCACUAGUGUUUAUGCCGUAUAUAAAGAAAUAUUAUUCAGUGUUCUAUUUCAGGAGAUUCUGUUUUCUUUGGACAGGGUGGGAUUCUCAGUUGCAGCAGCUCAACUUGUGCCUUAUGAUUUCUGUUGUUCUCUUCUAGGAAAGGACAUUUGACCUGAGAAAUAGCAAGCGGCAUUUAACAUUCAACCCAAAAUAUUGAUGAUUGUGCAUAGAGUAUCCCAUCUUUAUCUUGGACAUCUGAAUGUGAUAUGACUCAAAUUGUCCUAACUGAACUAGAAGGGGGCAACUGGCAAAGAUUGUGUGUUCAAUGCGCUGUUUUGACAUUUUGGCACCACUCUAUUAGAUGACUUUCAAACUGGAGAUACUUAGCGUAAAAGCUCACUUACGUAGCAGUACCACUUUAAAUGUUUUAUUUUUUUUUAUUUUUUUUUUUAAACUGGUUAUGAAUUAGGCUUUAUGAAACCUUUAUAAACUGCUUAAAUCAAUACAGCAAGAGCGACUGACGUCCUGCCAAAUAGUUAGCCCACAUUUAGUUCUAUUGCUUUGGCCAUCUGCUAAAUAUAAGUCGCCCAUUAUAAAAUUAUUUGUAUAACCCUUUACAAUAAGCCUACCUUUUGUUAGCAGCUCCAUGGUGACCAGAAAAAAAAAAAAAAAAAAAAUAAAAAUGUCUGAAAUCUAAGACUACAUAAAGUUACAGCAGUAUUGUUUACCAGACAGUAACACACAGACACAAAAUGUUCUGUUUAUGAAUAUUUUCUAUCAUUAUUAGCAUAAUUUACAAACCAUAUAUAGGAAUAUUAUAAAGUGGAACAUCUGUGCUGAUAUUUGCAAGUUACAAACACCUCUAUGACUAGCAAAGGAGAUUGUCACGCAUGUCUGCAUAUCCUUGUUAGCUAUGCACUUGGCCGUGGCUGGCAAUAACCUUAAAAAGAAUUUCUUCUACAAAAAGAACCAAGUGGCCCUGCGUACGAAGUAAAAUGAUCUCAUGUGGUAAAAAAAAAACCCCAGUAAUAUUUUGUAACAAGUUGUGCAGGAAGUGACAUUUAAAGUAAAGUAUAGGGCAACUGAAACUUACAAGUGCAGCCUUAACUGGGUGCGAAACUACAGUUUUCUUCUUUUUGUAAAUUGUAGGGAGGGGGCAUUUGACUAAAUGUUCUAACUAUGGGGUCAAAUUAACCCUCAACGAAUCGAUUCAUUUUUAAGUAUUAUUUUUAAAAGAAAUUGUUCUGAACUCCAGGUUCCAUGCCAUCGUUGUAUAGAGCAGAUUGCUGCUGCCAUAAUGGAGGUCAGAGUGUAUGCAGCUCAAUUUUCCAUCGCUGGUAGUGUUCAUGUUGUUUAACUUUAGACAGCAAACUAAUGGAGGCAAAGUCAUCAGCACUUUUUUACUGGUUGCAACCAAGUUUUCUUUUUUGUUGUUGUUGGUUUUUUCCCCCCAGUUGCUUCACCACACGAUUAAUCAACAAUCAGUUUCUCACAAUCAUGGAAUCCUUAAAUAUCAAUUAAUACGCCCAUCUCUGGUAAAUAGUGUUAAUGGAUGUUUGGAAUUGUGUCAUAAAAACCACAGCAGUCUGUAUGUAGAAUGCUCCAAGCCCAACACAGUACACUUGCAAAAUCGCCACCUUGACGUAUUUUGGUGGCGUUGCUAUACAUCAGUCAGUGUUCGAAUUGAAACAAGGCUAGUAUAGCGGACCCCCGCAUACUCGAUUCACCUAAACGGGGAGGGGGGAACCAACCCCGAAAACACUUAUUGCCAGUUUAUCCUCACUUAUUCAAGAAUUUGUUGGGUUAAAAAAAAAAAAAAAAAAAAAAAGAA